CGAACAGGCCCUGCAGACGGUGCAAUGGGUCUCCCGAUGAAGCCGUGGGACGACUGCACAGCCACACGGCUGCAGCACCGGUCCAAUCACCAGGGGCCCGGAUACACGUGUGACGACGGUUAGCCUUGCGCGUCGUUUGAUGCAUUCGCUUGACCGGCGGAUAUCUAUUAUCUACUACGAAGAACAAACGAGACUAUGCUAUGUAUAGCGCGACCGGUCCUCUUGACAUCUGAGGAUUCGCUCCGUAAUAUAAAAAUCGCCAUAUUUCUCCGGUUCUUGGGAGCUACGGAUCAGUAUUAUCGACUCGCAAAUAAAUAGCCAUGGCAUCUGAAUCCACAGGUCCACAGUUGCCGAGACCUCCUCAGGCCCGCGCCAACGGCCAUCCACGAUUAAGCAACGCCAGCUCUGGGACAUACGUCUCUACCGCAUCCAAUAGCGACACUUCAUCGACACAGCGUGGGUAUGAAAUUCCCACCGAAGAACAAGUCCUACAGCACUACCGACUUCUUGCUGCUUUUGAAAAGCUCCGUCUCGCCAUCAGCAACACUCCCGGACUUUUCGGCCUCGGCUCACCGCCGGGUAUUGGGCAGCACGAUAUCAACCGAAUUGCCGAGAAGCGAUGGCAGGUUUAUGUGACCCGCGCGGUAGAGAGGUUUACCGUUUGGUGGCAGAAGGUGCUGCCGAGAACGUUCGGGGGAAUGCCGAUGGACGAGCUUUCGAAGGAUAAUUUGAUGGAACGACUGGCAAUGUGGAGGUCGUCACCAAAUGACAAACCCAAGACUAAGGCAGCGAGGGUAGAUUUUGGAGUCCAGGGUUUGCCGCCACUUGAUGUGAUUAUGAUUUGGCACACGUAUAUGCUGAACGCCCUGGUUUUCCUUGAAGACUGUCACCAAACCGGAAGACUGGACCUCUGGCUCUCCGGUCUGCCACUGGAUGCCAUUUGCAAUUCCAUCGACCAAAAUUUCGACUUCACGAUGGACCCUGUAGCGGAAGUGGCAUGGACCAAAUCAUCAAGACUUCCUGUUGAUAAUCUCGACAUGCCUGACCGGAAGGACGUCACUUGUCCCACUUGUGGAACAGUCACGGCUACGCCUUGGACGGUAGUCCAAAAGAUCACUGAGCCGGCAGCUCCAUCCACGCCUGCAAUGAAAAGCAAUGGCUGGGCCGAUCACGGCUUCGAGUUACGUUGUACCAAUGACGGCUGUCAAGAUAUCUUGACCUACGAAUCACUUUCGAGCGGCCGGUUUAUCUCUGCCCUUCGUCGUGCCGAAGCCACGGGCGUAAUGCUUCCCGUCUCGUUAUUCGCCAGAAUGGGAAAACUGGAGCCUGAUAUCUCGCAAUAUCAUGCAAAGUCCCCUAAUCACUGGCCCCAUGAACUCUUCUCGAAGCUCCUGCCCAAGUUCGACAAGGCAAUGGCAACCCAGCCUCUAGUCGGUAUGGAAGACAUCUGGAAGUUCACCGUACUCAACGCUCGGGAGACGGCUAUCUCCAAGCCCAACCCUGACCGCCAAUUCUUUCUGGAACAGAUGAUGACGCACUUCCACCUAAACCCCUCGCCCUUCGGCAUCGACCUGGUAUCCGCCGUGACACGGCAGGGGAUCUUCAACCGACAGGUCGUAGCAUUCGACUGGUCCACCACUAACACCACUAAUCCGGACCGCUUAAAAUUCGCCUUCAGGAAAUACCAGCGUUUCUUUACGCUCUGGAAGAAGUACGCGUUUCUUGCGCGGAAUCCGCUCGUGCCGACGCUGGAUAUGGACCUGGUGUGGAGCACGCACCUCCUCCGGCCGGAGGGAUAUUUCAAGCACACCAUGGCGACGACCAAGCGGUUCGUCAACCACGGCGAGCGGCGGUGCGAAUGGGAGCACAACACGGCCUUCAUCCGGACAUGCCAGGUGUACUGGAGCAAUUUCAGGGAGUUGUACGACUGCUGCGGAUGUUGGUACUGCGAGGGCGUGCGCGCCACCCACCUCCCCACGUUCAGCACCUUCAUAAUCCGCAAAGAGACCCUGCGGACCCUCCUCCCCGAGCCCGGCGAUCCGGCGACGCACAUCUCGGCCUGCAACGCGGUCUUUGCGGACAUCGCCGACACCGCCGCCGCCGCAAGCCUGCGCGACCGUUUUGAGCAGCUACUCUAUCAUCACCGCCGCGCAACCGAGGUGCGCGCGAAGUACGGAGCUCCGAAGUUCGUCGCCGACGCUGGGUAUCCAACAACUAUCAGCCAGGCGACUGGGAGCAGCGUGGAUUCGCUGUGCCCGGAGAACUUCGCGGUCGAUCCGACGGUCAGGAUGAUGUGGAGUACACUGGAGAUCAGGAAGAGCGGGAAGGGAGGGAGCGGAAAGGGAAGCAGCAGCAAUGGUAGGUGGGGCGACGCAGUGAGUGAUUCCCGAGAUUCGGCGUAUUGGGCUGGGGGGGAUAUGGGCAGCGGGAGCAGUGGAGAUGGUGGCAGUAGCGGCGGCAGCAGCAGCGGCGGAUGUGGAGGUGGUGGUGGAGGGGGAGGGGGAGGAGGCGACUAGCUUAGGAUAUCGCGGAGAGGAGAGCAAUAGACAUUUCCA